AAAAGAAAAAAAAUUUGCCGCUCUACAGAAAAAUUUAUUUUAGGUAGCGUUUUAAGCAUGUCCUUCGGUAUUUUUGUUAUCAUUCCACAUGUUGUUACUAUCGCUGGACCAUUGGCCAUGUUAUCAUUGCUUCUGGCUUUUAUUGUCAUGAUUGUAUCAGUAAUGCAUGUUAAUGAAUUGAUGAGUUCAAUGCCAAAAACUUGCUUACUUUAUAAUUUUAUUUAUGCAUGUUUCGGUGAAUUACCAGCUUUUUUUACUGCUUGGACUGCCUUAUUGGAUUUUAUUAUUAUUUUAGUCAUUAUCGCCAAAAGUUGGAGUGAUCAUACGAAAUUAUUAUUUGGCGGAUUCUUUCAUGAAUAUUUGGUCAUUAAACUAUCAUUCUCAGUAAAUAAUGAAAUUCUGGAAGAUGAAAUCGAUGGAUUUGCAAUGCUUAUUAUCAUUUUUUCUAUCGUGAUAUUAUGUUGUAAUCUGAGGGUGUCGGGAACGAUAGCGUUUGUGAUGCUUAUUGUGUCAGGUUUAGCAACAAGCAGUACUAUACUCGUCGGUUUCUUCAAUGCCAAUCCAAACUAUUGGCUUUCAUCAAAAUUUUUUCAACGUGGAAUGCAUGGGGUAUUUUAUUUAUUUUAUUUAUUUAUAUUAGCACUUACCUCUCUUUUAGAAGAGACUCACAAUCCGAGAAGACGAUUGCCUUUUAUUUUUUCCUUCAUUACCUUCCUAUAUUCAUUAUUAAUCUUUAUUACUAUUAUGAUAUUUACUUUAACAAAUGAUUCAACGAAUUUCUCUAUUCAAAUGUUACCCGAUAUCUUCAAUAAUGUUAAAAUACCCGCUGCAAGGUUUAUUUUCUUUAAAUUAUUUCAUUGGAUGCAAAAAAAAAUUCUCAAAUUUUUUUUUAAAUUUUAUUAA